GCAGAGGGAAAUACUCCACGCCCUCUCAUUUCACAGCAGGCUAAAAAUAACCCAAUCUCCUCUCAGCGGAUGCGGUCUCUUGCGAUUGCCCUUGGUAUCUUCCAUUGAAGCCGGAUCAGACCUUAAACAGGGCUGAGGCAAUGCGAUUCCCCUUCUUCCCAUUCUUCUGAUGCAUUGCUCAGCCCUUCUGAAAAAUUGAAGGAAAAAGAAAGAAAUUCGAAAUAGAUCGGAGACGAAGAUAAGUUCUCUCCAUCAAAAUUCUGUAAGCGAGGCUAAAGAGAACCCUCCAGAAUGAGACUAUUCUUGUUCAGCCGGAUGGAAUGGGCAUGGUCGGGAGGGUUGUCGUGAGUUUCGAGUUUGAUAUCUCAUUCAACAUUUGCUUUCGACGGAAUUUGUUGGGCCUCAAUAGAUCGUCGGAGUGAAUAGCUGGGCCAAUCGUUGGGCGCACGCGACAUGGGCACCACGAUGAAGGGCCUUUUGAAGGGCCUCCGCUACAUCUCCCAAAUUUUCGACGCAGAAACGAAGGAGCCGGAGAUGCAGAUAGGAUACCCCACGGACGUUAAGCACGUGGCCCAUAUCGGGUGGGACGGCCCUUCCGUGAACGGCCCCAACUGGAUGAACGAGUUCCGAUCGUCUUCGGUCCCUUUCACUGCUCCCGCAGACGGAGGUACCCCACCUAAAUUACCCUCAGAGAUCAGGGGAGCAGAGGACUCUCCAGCCCGGGACGUGCCGGAGUUUCCGGCUCGGAAGUCGUCGCGGUGCAACGCGUCGGUCGCCGGGCACAGCGUCGACUCGCCACACCGCGAGUCCCGACAGUCGCGGCGCCACCCGUCGUCCGGCGCUGCCGCCGUCGACUCCUCGGUGGGCGAAUCCUCGGAGGGGUCGCGGCACAGCCGGAGGCAUCGCAGCACCGCCGGUCACAGGCGGCAGAGCACCGCCGGGAGUGGUGAUGGCGGCGGAUCGGAAUCGCAGGACGGCGGGGCGGCAGUGCCGAAGAGGGACCGCCCCCGCCGGAAGACCAAGGGGUCCUCGUCUGGCAGCGGCUCCGUCAAGUCGACUUCCCGGUCGAAUGCCGUCGCAUCGGAAUCGGAGGGCGCGGUCGAGAGCCAGAGCUCGUAUUCUGCCUCGUCCUUGAACACCACUAGAGAAGAGGAAGGGUUCUGAUCCGAUCGAUCCCCGGCAGAAGAGGAGACUUUGAGAGAGGAGUGUUGCAAUGACUUGCCAUGGUUCCAUCAUCUCUACAGCGAGACUCCGUUUGCGAAGUUUCCCCUCCUUCGAUGGAAGGUUUCCAAGUUGCACGAACAAAAUUCCAGCUGCAGCGUGCCGUCCUGAAAAAAAAAAGAGAAGCAAACUUACAACCUACAGUUGAAGCAAAUCUAUCUAGAAUUAAAUAUCGUAUACAAUCAGAUGUAAGUGUGAGCACGUGCACUCACGCGCAGAUGGAACAAUGUAUUACAUUCGCUCCUCUCUUCGACCUUGGUCCUCCUUUCUUUUUUUUUUUAAAAAAAAAAAAAAAGGUAAUGGUGCCCCCUCUAUCAAUCUUUACAAAAAGGUACGAAAAAACGCAGAUAAUUUCUCCCUUUGUCCACUGGCUGUAGAAAAAGUCUCAUCCUUUUUAUCUUUGCAGCCUCUUAUUCUAAAGUUUGUCAAUAAUUUCCUAAGCUAAUACUUGUAAUAUUAAAAAAGUGAGUUUACCGGUGAUUAGAAUGGUAGAGGUUGGAGAGAGAGAGAAGGCGUACAAUAGAGAACUCAAGGUGGAGUCAUGAGUUGCCAUGAGAGUCAAUUACAUCAAUGAGGAGAGAGAAUGCUUGAAAUCUUCUUGUGCCCAUCCAAAGUUUUUGGAAUGCAUUACAUGUGAGUUUUUUUUU